AUGUUGAAGUCCCUCAGGGCUGAACCAAUCCUUAGUAAGUUGUACUAUUGGGACGAGCUUCUCUAUUUUUGGUUUAUGAAGAUUGGUUCAGGUGUUUUCUUUUUCUUGUUCGAGGGAGGAAAAGCGAGUAAACAUCAAGGAGGAAGUGGUGCUAUUGUCGACUAUUUGACCCCGAUGAAGGUUAACUUGCGAGUAUUUGGGGUCUGUGUUGAUGUUUGUAACUAUGGGUCUGUUUGUAGAUUGAAUGGAGGAGCAAUGGCAGUGCUUGGACCGAAAACUGGGGAUGCUCUACCUCAUUCCGCCUUGCCUGGAGCUUCGGGUCGCGAAGUAUGCACUGAAGGUAUUGAAAUCGCUAAACACCUAAUGGGCUUGCAGAGAAGUCCGCUGAUAAUGGGCUUUGUGUGUCCAAAAUACGAAGACGCUAUUAUCCCCUCAGCUGCGAGUUUGAGAGUAGACAACUCCCCCGAGUACAGACGAGAGGAGUCGGAGAAAAUCACCGCUGCAGCAAAGAGAUCUUCGAUAACUGCGUGCUGGAACAGUGGAUAUAGCUAUGGAGGCUAUUCGGCAAACAGCAAGACCUCAUGGGGGAACAUAAGCUUUCCCUUUUCACAGGGCUCUCUUGAUCGUAGGAUCAUCGGUAGAGCUUCUCUGAUAGAUGUCUCACCUGGAGUAAUUCAAGUCACGUCACCAGGUGCGCGUCCAAAACCUCAGCGUCCGGACACAUCCGGUAAGUUGACGGUCGGGCGGAUGGCGGCUUGGCCGAUGAUCUGCAAAAGCAAUGACUUUGACGGACAAGGGGUACUGAUGAGCUCCGGACGCUGUUCAAUUUCGGUCUUCACCUACUGUAGUUACUUCCAUGAUGGAGGGGUUAAUGAAGCGGCACGGGGCGACCUCCCAACAAUGGCAACCAUUGCACAUCACAGGAGCUGA